CCACCGGUUUACCACUGUUGUGUCAGUUUAAUUAGCAUUAAGUGUGGAUAUUUUAAUUAUUUUUUCUGAACAUGAUUUGGACUAAUCUCCUUGAAGGAAAAGCACAGACUUGUAAUGCAUGUGGAUCCACGCUGUGGCGCUGAAUUCCCUCUCAAACCAAUGAUGCAAGUGUGUGAAGAGCAGAGCGCAACUGGGGAACUUGGAAGCUCACUAAAUCUCAUAGCAAAUCCCUUUAGCUGCGAGUUGACAUGGCUUGACUUAUCUCUGAGGGAAGUUUCAGGAAAUGCAACAGGUGGAGGAGCCGAGGGAAUGAACUGUGUACUGUCCUCUCGUUAGCGUCCCGGGCUAGCUGCUGAGUGUGCUUGAAGGUGCCUGUGGGAGUCGGACAGGAACACUGCGCACUCUUCCACACGGUCAGGUGGCACCAUGGAUGACAACAGCCUGAAUGACUCUAAUGUAAAGGUCGCUGUUCGUGUGCGACCAAUGAACAGGAGAGAAAAAGACCUAAAGACAAAAUGUGUGGUGGAGAUGGAGGGCAACCAGACGGUGCUGCAUCCGGCCAUCAUCAACAUGAACAAGGGAGACUCCCGAAAUCAGUCAAAGGUUUUUGCCUAUGACCACUGCUUCUGGUCAAUCGAUGAAUCUCAAAAAGACAAGUUUGCAGGUCAGGAUGUAGUGUUCCAGUGCCUUGGGGAGAGUCUGCUGGACAACGCCUUCAUGGGCUACAAUGCCUGCAUCUUUGCUUACGGACAGACGGGCUCUGGGAAGUCGUACACCAUGAUGGGCACAGCGGAGCAGCCUGGUCUGAUCCCUCGGCUCUGCAGCUCCCUGUUCAGCAGGACUGUGAAGGAGGCCCGGGAGGGAGAGAGCUUCACUGUGGAGGUCUCCUAUAUGGAGAUUUACAACGAGAAGGUCCGAGACCUGCUCGACCCCAAAGGAAAUCGACAAGCGCUGAGAGUGAGAGAGCACAACGUGAUGGGGCCUUAUGUUGACGGCCUGUCUCGCCUGGCUGUGGCCUGCUACAAGGACAUCGAGUCUCUGAUGUCAGAGGGAAAUAAAUCUCGCACAGUGGCAGCCACGAAUAUGAAUGAAGAGAGCAGCAGAUCCCACGCUGUGUUCAACAUCAUCCUCACACACACACUCAUCGACCUUCAGUCCGAGACGAGCGGAGAGAAGGUGAGCAAGCUGAGUCUGGUGGAUCUGGCCGGCAGCGAGCGAGCAGCGAAGACUGGAGCAGCGGGGGAACGUCUGAAAGAAGGGAGCAACAUCAAUAAGUCCCUGAGUACUCUGGGUUUAGUCAUCUCUGCGUUGGCUGACCAGGGAGCAGGGAAGAACAAGAGCAAGUUUGUUCCCUACAGAGACUCUGUGCUCACCUGGCUGCUGAAGGACAGCCUGGGAGGGAACAGCCGCACCGCCAUGGUCGCCACCAUCAGCCCUGCCGCAGACAACUAUGACGAGACGCUGUCCACCCUGCGUUACGCCGACAGGGCCAAAAGCAUCAUCAACCACGCCGUCGUCAACGAAGACCCCAACGCCAGGAUCAUCCGAGAGCUCCGAGAGGAAGUGGAGAAACUGAAGGAGCAGCUCACCGAGGCUGAGUCGAUGAAGGCCCCCGACCUCAAGGACAGGCUGGAGGAGUCUGAGAAACUGAUUCAAGAAAUGACCGUCACCUGGGAGGAUAAACUCAGGAAGACUGAGGCUAUUGCACUGGAGCGCCAGAGGCAGCUGGAGAGCCUGGGCAUUUCCCUGCAGUCUUCUGGAAUCCGAGUGGUGGAUGACAAGUGUUUCCUGGUCAACCUUAACGCUGACCCUGCCCUCAACGAACUGCUGGUGUACUAUCUGAAGGAGCACACGCGUGUGGGCUCAGCCAACUCGCAGGACAUCCAGCUGUGUGGGAUGGCCAUCCAAGCUGAGCACUGCGUCAUCGACAUCACCGAGCACAACGGCGUGGUGCUCAGUCCUCACCCCAACGCUCGAACAUGUGUGAACGGUGCUGCAGUCACCAGUCCAGUGCAGCUUCAUCACGGUGACCGGAUCCUGUGGGGAAACAACCACUUCUUCAGGAUUAACCUGCCGAGGCACUUGGUCCACGCAGGAGCUGAGGAUGAGGAGGGCGGUGCUUUGAUGAAGACGUGUUUGAGCUCCGACCGGCUGGAGGUGGACUUUGAUACGUCCAGCGACGUGUCGAGUGAGCUGAGCUUCGGUUAUGAGUUUGCUCAGGCCGAAGUCAUGAUGAAAGGCAUGGGCAAUAACGACCCUUUGCAGUCGGUGUUACAGACCCUUGAGAGGCAGCACGAGGAGGAGAAGCGCUGCGCUCUGGAGCGCCAGAGGCAGAUGUAUGAACAGGAGCUUCAGCAGCUCCGCCAAAGGCUGACUCCUGAGAAGCCCUCCCACCUCUUGGACCCGACAGGCCUGCCAGCCGGUGCGAACACUGCUGUGGCAUCACUCAGCUCCCAAAAACGCAUGCGCCGCUGGAGCGAGGACAGAGAAGCAAUGAUGACCCGCACCCUGCGGCGCCUGAAGGAGCAGAUAGUUCGGGCCAACCUGCUGGCUCAGGAGGCCGGCUUCAUAGCCGAGGAGCUGAGCAAGAGGACAGAGUACCUGGUCACUCUGCAGAUACCUGCUGCCAACCUUGAUGCCAACAGGAAGCGUGAUGUAGUGUUGAGUGAGCCGGCCAUCCAGGUUCGCCGUAAAGGGAAAGGGAAGCAGAUCUGGGCUCUGGAAAAGAUGGAGAACAGACUUGUGGACAUGAGGGAGCUCUACCAGGAGUGGAAGGACUUUGAUGAAGACAACCCUGUGAUGCGCUCCUAUUUCAAACGUGCUGACCCGUUCUUCGAUGAACAGGAGAACCACAGUCUGAUCGGCGUGGCCAACGUUUUCCUGGCCUGCCUGUUCUACGACGUCAAGCUGCAAUACGCAGUGCCAAUCAUCAACCAGAAGGGAGAGGUGGCAGGUCGGCUGCAUGUGGAGGUGUGGCGAGGUACAGAGGGCUCCGAGCAGGAAGGUCCCGGACAGUCUGACAUUCAGCAGAGCACCACAGACGGAGAUACACAGGAGCGCAAACUGGACUGUGUGGUGAAACUCCUCCACGCCAAUGGUCUGCCUCGCCACCUGUCCAACUUUGUCUUCUGUCAGUACCACUUCUGGGGGCAGCAGGAGUCGGUGUUCAUCCCUCCGGAGAUGGGGCCGGCCGGCUCGUCCUUCACCUCCAGAGACCCUCAGUGCACUGUGGUCUUCGACAGCGCCAAGGAGCUGUCGGUGCCGGUGUCGGAGGACUUUGUGGAGUUUUUGGCCGACGGGGCGGUUGCCAUUGAGGUGUACGGCCACAAGCAGGCCAACCAUCGCAGGAACCUGGCACUGUGGGACCUCGGGGUGAUUCAAGCCAAGACCAGAACCCUCAGAGAAAGGUGGAGUGAGGUGACCCGACACCUUGAGGUGUGGGUGCAGCUGAUGGAGCUGAACGAGGCAGGAGAGUUCACAGCUGUAGAGGUUCUCCCGGCUAAAGACGUGCGCACAGCAGGAGUCUUCCAGCUCAGACAGGGCCAGUCGCGUCGAGUCCAGGUGGAGGUGCGUCCAGUACCAGAGUCGGGCACCAUGCCACUCAUCGCCGCCUCCAUCCUCUCUGUAUCCAUCGGAGACGUCAAGAUCCGACAGAUGCGUCUCUCCAAAGGAAGCGAAUCACAUUGGGGUGGGGAUGAAGACAUGGACAGCUACCAAGAGGUAGACCUGGAGAGGAUGAGGGAACAGUGGCUGGUGACUCUCACUCAGAGACAGGAGUAUCUGGACCAGCAGCUACAGAAGAUAGUUUGUAAACCAGAUAAGUCAGAGGACGAUGUUGAAAGGGAGUCCCAGCUGCUGGAAUGUCGUCUGACGCUCACCGAAGAACGCAACGCCGUCCUGGUGCCGUCGGCCGGCAGCGGCAUCCCUGGAGCGCCAGUAGAGAGGGUUCCUGUUCCUGGAAUGGAAACACACAUUCCUGUCCUGUUCCUGGAUCUCAGUGCUGAUGAUUUCCAGUCCAGUCUCUCAGCCCCGUUGGCGGGGGGGCUGGACGCGCUGCUCGGUGGGGAGGAGGAGGACGACUUCUUUGACCUUCAUAUUGUUAAACACUAUGAUCCAGAUGUGAUGGUGGAGGCCUCCUGGGACUCGACGGUCCACGAGUGCCCCCAGCUGAGCCGCGUGGCGUCGGCUGAGCAGAGGGUGUACCUGACUGUCAGCACAGUGGUGCAGCUGAGCCACCCGGCACACAUGCAGCUGGUGCUCAGGAAACGCAUCUGUGUCAACGUCACCGGGAGACAGGGUUUUGCUCAGAGCCUGCUGAAGAGGAUGUCUCAGCGCAGCACCAUCCCUGGCUCUGGAGUCACCUUUGAAAUAGUUUCUAACAUCCCAGGGGACAUUCAUGGUCCAGAGGACAGGGAGAUGUUGGCCAGACUGGCUGCCAGCACUGAGGACGACCAGUCAGCGGACAGUGAGGCGGCCAUAGAGAAAUACCUGCGCAGCGUCCUGGCUGUGGAGAACAUCCUCACUCUGGACAGACUCAGACAGGAGGUGGCUGUGAAGGAACAGCUGGCAGUCAGAGGGAAAGCUCCAAGACGCUGCCUGAGCUCUCCAAACAUCAAUCGACUGUCAGCCAGCAGUCUGGAUCUCUACUCCUCUACUCAUAGGCUCAAUGACUUCAAGGGCUGGGAGAGCCACCAGGACCUUUCUUUUGUGCCUCCUUCAUCUAGACGCACACUGCCCAGCUCCAUAUCCCAGACCCUGAAGCCAGAGACAGGCUUUGCUGCGUCUUAUCUCCCUCCAGUGAAGGCUGUACCCAAGCUGCUGAAGUCCCUGCUUCCUGGUGGGAAGGAAGAUGGCCGAGACCAGACGGCUGUCCAUCAGCAGAGUUUGCCUCGCAUCAUGGUGCAGUCAGCCACUGUUGAAGAGGACAUGAGCAAACAUCAGCAGGCAGUUCCCAUUGAGGAAAUCAUUCCUCCGGACCUCCAACCAGAGAGCCCCAGAUCCGUGCCCCUCCCGCCGCAAAUUAUCCGGGAGACAGAAGACUCCACCCCCAGCCCGGAGAGCGACGCAUCGAGCCAAUACAUGUCAUCUAACGUAUCAAAAGCAACGCUGUCAGAUGUCUACACACUGAGCUGGGACCUGCCUACGUCCGACAUGUUCGAGGCGGGGCCCGAUGAAGAGGAUGAUAAAGUGACGCACAUCACUUACCCUGAGUCUUUUCUUGUGGACCAAUCGGAGCCUUUGCUGGUGUUGGACGAUAAGGCAGCUGAAGAGAGGACUGACUCGCCACCGUCCAAACCAAACGAUACUCCGUCAGAUUCAAACCUGAUUCAACAAGAACCAAACCAGGAGCAAGACGAACCCGAUUCAGUCGCAGAAUCAGACUUACUACAAAACUCAACAAGUGGCCAUAUUGGAUCAGAACCAUUAGACAGUUCUGAGCCACUUAUAGAUUCAUUGCUAGUACAAGAGAAUGAAACCACACUGACAGAAUGUUCACAACCAGACCACUCACAACCAGAACCCCCUCUGACGGAAGAUCUCCAGUUCGCUGCCACAGACGACACAGAAGCUGAACUGUCAAUCCAAUACGAAACACAACCGUCUGCACAAGAAGGUCAAAGUCAGUCUGAAACAAUCAUCCAAGAGCAAACGCAGUGCAGCGACGGUGCUCAAGAUCCAGCCCCAGACCCGGUCCCAGCUGUGUCCAUAGUCUUGGUUCCAGCUCCUGCACCAUCCGGAGAUUUGGUUCUACUAGCUUCGUCCGAAGAACAAGCCACUUCUGAGGCCUUGAACCCAAAUGACACCUCCAUCCAGACUUCAUCAACAACCGCAGACGAAGUCCAACAGGAGGAACCUGCCAAUGCAUCUCAGAAAUCCUCCUCAGCUCCUUCUCUGUCCAGCGUUCAGCCUUCCCAACCUGAUGCUCCAGUAGCGAACCCCUUCAAGAUCCAGAAGGUGAAGUCUUCAGACCUCAAGUCCUUUCAGCGUAUUGUGGGUGAAGAUGAGCCUGCGCGGGUGGACCGGGCCAGCAGCCUCGGGGCAGGACUUAACCUCUCUGUGCCGAUGGAAAGCUUGGAAAUAAUCUCCGACUCUGAGGAAGGAGACGCAGCGGCAGUUCUUCCCGACUGGUUGAAAGAAGGGGAGUUUGUAACCGUGGGGAACAAUAAGAACGGCACUGUCCGUUACCUUGGACCCACAGAUUUUGCAGAGGGUACCUGGGUUGGCGUGGAACUGGAAGUACCAGCCGGAAAGAAUGAUGGUUCAGUGGGUGGCAAGCACUACUUCCACUGUAACCCUGGUUACGGCGUGCUGGUGAGACCACACAGGGUGAGCCGGGGGGCCGGCAAGCGCCGUCGCCAUCAGCACAAGCGCCGUAGUGCCAACCUGUCUGGAUCCAGCCCCAACCUGGCGGCCCUCACCGCUCUGGCCAAAGGCGAAGGUGGAGGAGCAUCAACCGGCCGCAGCAGCGGAGAGAACCGCAAGUCGUGGAACACUUGAGGCUCUGCAUCUGCCAAGUGGCUCAUUGCUGGACACCCACCUGCAGCAGCUGGUUGUUUACUGUAAGUUCAGGCAACACAAGAGAACCCUCAUCAGAUGUUCAUCACUCAUAUAUUAAAGGACUGUAUCCUACUUAAUGUACUUAGUGAUUGAAAACUACAGAUAAAUAUUGUUUUAACAGAAAAUGUGAAUGUUUUUAGGGUUAGGUAACGACGCUUCCUCUGCAAUGAAUUUCUUUCAAAUGGUGGAUACAUGACACUGUAUACCUAUUGGUAUUAUUUUAUUCUUGUGCCUUGAAAUAUUACGACUACUACUCAGCCAAUGUGCCUUUAGUGGUAAACCACCAAAUUCAGUGCUGUUAGGAUGGAAACUGCCUAACUUGAAUGUGUAUUUCUUCUUCUUUUUUUAAACAAACUUGCACUCCCUUUUCUGACAUUCUACUGAAAUUUUGAAACUAUUUAUCAGCUUUGUCUUCAAGCAAGUGUGUCAAGAUUGAUGGAGUGACUUCAGAUGAUGUGCCAGUUUUUUGGGGAUUUCUUUUUUCACUAGCAAGUUUUGAAUACUGUGUGUGUGUGUGGGGCUACUUGAGGGAUUUCGUUGCUUGGAACUCAUAGUAUUCAUUUUUGUCUGGUAAAUAAGAUAUUUUAUACUAUGCCUGAAUGCCUAUUUAUUUAAAGAUGAAGACAUGAUAUUGAUGAAAAGCAAAAUCAGCUUUUUAUUUUGUUGAAUAAAUGUAAUUCUGCGCUUCAA